CGAACGGAUCCCAGGCCUCUGUCGUUGGGCACACGUACGAGAACCCAGGUAUCGGUGUCUGCGUCACGUCUCGUGGAUCGGAGGCGCUAAUUAAUCCGCGUGAUCUGAGUUACGGUGACUCGGGCGGCUUCCGAUACUCCGGGGACAGUGUCGCGUCCCUUAAUCGUGCGUUCAUCGAGUAGGAAGAGAAACGUUCAUAGACUUCGAAGAUGAUCACGGUGAAACGUUGAGGAAAUGUGUUCUCGAGUGCGGACAGUGUGAAUCGGACAAUCCGUUGCGCGGUGAAGACAAUCAAAGGAUUCCAAGAACUUGACGAGAUCAACCAAGGUCUCUUUAAUAAUACUCCAGUCCUUCAUUCUUACGGUAAGAGUCGAGAAACAUCGGACGAAGAGCUCCCUUCGUAGAAGAAGAGUAAAAGGCGUCGAAGGUUAAAGAUCGAAGGCCCGGGAGCCGCGAGACUGAACGCCGAGGCUACUUAUGAUGGGCUGCAGACCGGCCGUCAAGUCGAAGGUGGAGGAAGGGUGCGGUCUCGGGCAGCUCGAGUCGGCUUCCUCGAGGUGUAGCGCGGUGACCGAGCUUCCGGUGGAGACUCCGAUCGUUCAGGAGUACGAGGAUCGAGGAUCGAUCGGCGUGGUCGACACUGAGGAGGAAGAAGAGGAGGAAGAGCUGGAGGAAGGCCUUCAAUCGCAUCGGACGGAGAAGAGAUUCGGCCUGUCUCUGAAUAGAAACGGGUUCAACCUGAAUAGAUAGCUGCCAAGUGAGAAUGCAGAGGUUGCGUUCGACGUUCAAGAGGUCGCGCACCCCGACGGGAGCCGAGAUGAAGUCCCAGUCGAGUCUGGAGGUGCCGAAGCAGGUUCGGUCGGCGUCUUUCGACGAGAUCCAGCUGGAAGCUAAGCGACAUGACGACGUCAGGGACUCGAGAUCCCCGAGAACGACCUCUUCCUCAUCGUCCUCGUGCUCGCCAGCCAGGUCGCAGGAUUCUUCACGGAGGAGACCCGGCUCCGCCACGCUUAGGGUGCCGCAGCUGCAGAGCGGUCAGAGGUCCAAGAGUUUCGACGUCUCCGAAAGAGUCUAUGGCUUGCCUAGCGGGCAGCAGUCCCUGGGCGGCAUUCGUCGGCCGGACACACCGACGAUCCAGGUGUCCGGCUGCUACCACUGUGCCUGCGUCGAGGAACACAAGAGCCUGUACUCGAGCAGGGACGACGAGGACCCGUCGUCCAGGGAAGACGAUGUGCCCGACGAAGCGGGAGAUACUUCGGACGACGAAGACUCCGAGCUGGAUCAGAGGAGCGAAGGUAGCCCCGAGAUACGCGUCACUUUGACCACCUUCACCGAGAAGCUCGCCUUCGACGAGACACCCAGCGACGAACCCACUGCUCCUUCAACCGUGGUUCCGGAGAUCGUGCCGGAAGUUCUGCAAGAGAACGCCGAUACCAGCGAGAUCAGGGGCGGCCUGUUUCCGGGCAGAGAGCGCAGAAGGUCUAUCGCCUCCCCGAAAUUGGCUCGCCAAGAAGCUCUGACCUCGUACCCCAUCGAACUACCCACGGUGGUCAGCUCGACGGAAGACGAGGAUAAACCGGAUGACGAGGACGAAGAUGAGGACGACGAUAACGUCGAGGCGAGCAAGUGCAAGUUCGUGGUCAGAGAUAUCUUCCUGACGGUUCCGGAGCUGAAGCGGGACCGCGCCGCGUCCGUCGACUCCUGCUUCAAUAACAAGAACGGCAAGGGGGAGAACGAGGACACGUUGGCCGUGCCUCAACAGAGCAUACGCUCGAAGAGUGUCGAUAUCGUCCUGCCCACCGAGGCGCAAACGAGGUACACGGCUCUCCUGCCGGGCACCGAGGCAAGACCUACAAGAGGAGGGAGAGAGGAGGGCGGAACGAGCGGCGGCCACCGUGAACCUCGAUCGACUCCUGAUUGGGGUCCGGGUGCAGUCAAUGGGGAACAUCUUUGGGUACCAACCUCUGCCUCCGGUGAUUUCUGUUAUGUCAACGAUUGUUCGAAACACGGACCCCGGAUGAAGUGUGCCGCCUGUCGAGUGGUUGCCCACGCGGUGUGCGCGGUGGGGCUGAACUUCCCCUGCAAAUCGAGUUUCCGUGACGUGGGCGUUCGGCAGUACCGCGAGCAGACGAACACGCAGCACCACUGGGUCCAUCGUCGUUCCCAGAAAGGGAAAUGCUCGAACUGCGGCAAGUCGUUCCAGUCGAAGUUGAGCUUCUCCUCGAAGGAGAUUGUCGCGGUGAGCUGCAGCUGGUGCAAGAUCGCCUACCACAACAAGGAGGGUUGCUUCAGCGCGCAGAAGGUCGGCGAGAACUGCGAGCUGGGUGGCCACUCGUCCAUCAUCGUUCCGCCAUCUUGGAUCGUGAAGCUGCCUAGGAAGGGCAGCUUCAAGAGCAGCCUGAGGAAGUCUCCGCGCAGGAAGAAAUCCGGCGAGAGCCGGAAGAAGUCCAAGGAGAAGGACAAGGAUAAGGAGCAGGAUAAGGAUCAGGGGAGGUUGUGGGUGGUGAAACCGAUACCGACGCCGUCCGUGAAACCAGUCCUGGUCUUCAUUAACCCAAAAUCCGGCGGGAACCAGGGCGCUAAGCUGUUGCAAAAGUUCCAGUGGCUCCUGAACCCUCGGCAGGUCUUUGAUCUGACGCAGGGCGGGCCCAGGAUGGGGCUCGAGUUGUUCAAAAAAGUUCCUAAUCUACGAGUUCUCGCGUGCGGUGGUGACGGCACGGUUGGUUGGGUGCUGUCCGUCCUGGAUCAGAUCGGUUGUUCUCCGCCGCCGGCGGUCGGAGUCCUGCCUCUCGGCACCGGGAACGAUCUGGCUCGAGCAUUAGGAUGGGGCGGUGGCUACACGGACGAGCCGAUCGGCAAAAUCCUAACGAACAUCGGUGAGAGCGACACGACCCUGUUGGACAGAUGGCAGUUGGUGGUCGAACGGAAUCCGGACGCCCAGGGCGACGACGACAACGGCAAGGGCAAGGAGAACCUGCCUCUGAACGUGGUUAAUAAUUACUACUCGCUCGGCGUGGAUGCUCACAUCGCCCUCGAGUUUCACGAGGCCCGAGAGGCACACCCGGAGAGGUUUAAUUCACGGAUACGGAACAAGAUGUAUUACGGUCAAAUGGGUGGCAAGGAUCUCGUUCUGCGUAAAUGGAAGGACCUUUCGGAGUACGUGACGCUGGACUGCGACGGGCAAGACAUGACGCCAAAAUUGAAGGAGCAUAGGGUGCACGCCAUUGUGUUCCUGAAUAUUGCCUCGUACGGCGGCGGGACGCAUCCUUGGGGAGCGGCUAGCGGAACCAAGGAGCCGUCCACGGAGGAUGGCAUGAUCGAGGUGGUCGGCUUGACGACCUAUCAGCUUCCGCUUCUUCAGGCUGGCGGCCACGGCACCUGUAUCGCUCAAUGCAGCACGGCCAAGCUUGUUACUACCAAGACCAUUCCAAUGCAGGUCGACGGCGAAGCCUGUCGCCUGCUGCCAUCAAUCAUAACCAUGAAGCUGUUGAAUAAAGCCACGAUGUUGGCGAAACGAAGGACUGCCGGCAGGCCGCAGCAGGACGUCAAGCUGGAAAGAUUGAAAUUACCUGUGAUGAAGAUCAAGAUGUCGGACUACGAGAGGUACCACCACGACAAGGAAAUGCUGAAGAAGUCGGCUGCGACGUGGAUCGAGGACCCGCUGGAUCUAGAUGCCACCACUGAUCUGGAAUCCUUAAGGAAGAUCCUGGCGAAGGAUCAUAACAUGGACACUUGUUGCUUCCUCGACUCGUGCACCGCGGAGCGAUUCUUCAGGAUCGACCGGGCUCAAGAGCAGCUGCAUUACGUCACCGACGUGGCUGUGGAAGCGGUGUACGUCCUCGAGGAGAAUGCAACCAAUCAAUCAUCGGGUGAACCCGAAUCGAAGGUCUCCGCGAGCCAAGAGCCCGAAACAGCUCGUCCCUCGCCCAGCGAAGAACGACCAAACACAAACGCAGCCAUGACAGAAGAGCCGCCCAUUGAAAAACAAAAAGUGCUCGAUGAACCGAUGCCGCAGCCGUCUCCGGCGCCGGAGAGCGAGCCGCCUAAAAAGCCGGAUGUAACGAAGCCGCAGCCCGAAGUUCAACAUUCCGAAAAAGAAUCUCAGGGAUCGAUGAGCACGACAGCUCCCAAAGAACCGAAAAACACGAAGAAAGAGGAAAAACCAACUGGUGACACCGUGAGGCAAAGCAGUUCCUCGAAAUCGAUCUCUGCGACGGCUGUAGCUCAGUCGCAACACCAGGCACCACUCACUUUCAUUAGUCCACGAGAUAGGCUAUUCGGUCUAAGUUCCGAGGUCCACAGCUUCAGCACAGGAUUGCUCGAGAAGACCAGCGACGGUAUACUCAAAGCAGCGAAAAUUGGUGAUUUCACGGCUCUGAAGGAACACCACGAGAAAGGGUACUCUCUACUAUCCAUUGACUCCUCUGGACAGACUGCUCUUCAUUUGGCUGCGAGAUAUGGCCACAAGGAUAUUAUUAGGUAUCUGAUUGCUUGCGCACCGGCGAGCAUUUUGAACAUGGUUGACAACGACAAAGGUCAGACCGCUCUGCACAAAGCGGCUCAAUAUAAGCGUCGUUCCAUUUGCUGCAUGUUAGUGGCGGGCGGCGCUACUUUAACCGUCAAGGAUCGACACAGCAACACGCCCCGUGAUCUUGCUCUGCAAGCAGAGGACCGUGACCUCGCAGCAUAUUUAUACAGUCAAGAGCAGUUCCAGCUGACAACGGAAGAAAUGGAGAACGCCCUCUGACCUACGGCCGUAAUUGGCAGGGCCUGAGCGAACCCUGGAUAAACUCUGUGCCACCGACGGGAUCCGUGGGAGAAUUCCUAGAUCGUCGCUCGCCGUCGAUCAGCCGCGCGUGUAUAUGCAUUGUAAGUCGCAGCCAGCGUGAUCGAUUGUCGGUCCGGUGUAACGUUAAACCGGGUUGUUUACCUGGCUGCUCAUUCAGAAACUUUGUCCUGUCGAGCUGUUCGCAACGUACCUUCUCCAUCGAGCUACCAACAAAUCCAUGUAUAAACCACAGGACAAUUUCUCCGGUACAGGUGCGUACAAUUAACGAUCUUCGAAUCUCGAGCCGCACGGCCGCGUGUACAUACUUUCCGAAAUUGAACGAACCUCGAAGGAACCCGCACCAAUCGCGAAAUACCGAUUGUCAUGCGGAGACUUGUCUUCUCGAGGGCGAAGCGAAACGGCACGCGGCUUCGUUUCGAUCCUCGAAGGAUCUCGCAAGAAGAAGAGGAAGAAGAAAACGAUGGACCGGAAGAGAGGAAGAGAACACACAAGAGAAUUUUGCUCAUUCGCGAUCUCGAUCGUGUCGUAUUACCGCGAGCUGAGGACGGAGGCGAUCCUGAAGAUGCGUGACUAUUUGACAGUCGAACUAUCGCGAGUUGCAUUUGAGAGUAUGUCUCGCGAAUGGAUAUUGCACCGAGAGUGACGGUGAUUUUAACACUUUAACACUCUGUCCGUACAUGUGACAGAAAUAGUUUCUAUAUCCUAAUGAAUAUUAAUAAAACGAAACUUUCAAUACCUCUUGAUCCCGUCGCCUGAUGUACACGAAAUUUCGAUGACCUAUGUACAUAAAUGCAAGAUUUUGCAUUACAAUAGAUGUAUUUUUAUUACUUUUGUCUAUACUCGAUAUUUUCUCGUGGCACCAACGUGGUGCCAUGAAAUAUGCCUCCGGACGGCAUAGCGUUAACGAUACUCCCGAUAGGCGCUCUCAGCGCAGUAUCCACUCGUGAAAAAUUCACUCGAGAGCAGCUCGCAAUGGUUCCACUCUCGAACGCGUAGCUUGACCGAAUUAGUGAGACAUUAGGAUUAGGUCAGAGAUCAGGUAGUCGGGUUUCAGUCGUUGAAGAUUAACGUUCACGUAUUUGUUUGUAUAAGCUUUAUUUUAUAUUUUUCUACGUUCCAUUUCUAGGUGACUAGCGAUAGAGAAAGUGAGAGAGUGUGUGAGAGAGAGUGGCUUCGUCGAUUUUACUUAAUAACCGAUUUAUACAAUUUGAUUUCGCGCGUUGACGAUACGAGUUCGUUUCCGCGCGAGACGAGGAUUCGUUCCGCGGUAUUCAGGGAGUUGGAAAGAAUUUGAUCUUUUAUUCCAAUUAUCAUCGUUAGUAUUAUUAUCGAAUCUCCGUCAAUCAGGAUCACGGAACGGAUAAUUUCGCGUGUAGCGUUCGUUCUGCAAUGGGAAUCGAUCGUUGUAGUAAGGUUCGGAUUAGUGCAACGAGACGAGGGAUCGCUGAGGAGCACUAAAACGGGGAUUCAUUCAUCUUGGCGGCUGUUCGAAGGCAAUUGGUUCCACGGAUAAUAAAACGACGCUAAUCCGGAGAGAACGUCGUUCCACUAAUCCGUGCGUUAUGGUAUUCCCGAAUUUUCAUUCGGAUAACAGUUAAAGUGGCUCCAAGAGCUGUUCGAAGCGAACACUUGAUUCAUCGGCGAUAGAGCGGCAUAAUCGAUCUAUUCGAAUAAUUAUUCGUUGAACUUCUAUCCGAUUCUGCUGACAUCCGAGUAUGUAAUUUCUAUUACGCCUCCGCGCCCCCGAUGAUGUUUCCAAAUGAAUUUCAACCGCUUGUUCUAGAAUAACAUCUCGUCGCGUCGGAUACAUAUCUUUUUCUAUAAGUGUAGCGUCGCAUAUACAUAUAUUAUACAUAUACAUAUAUUUUCUACGUGCGUUAAUACUAAUAUAUUUAUUACCUGAUAAGGAUGUUUCUUUACGAUACCGUUUUUUCCUGUCCGCGAGGAUACGUCAAGCUUCUCGACACAGCUUGGAAACUGUACACUGACGCAUAUAUGUGCGUAUACAGGGUGUUCCAUAAGAGAAGGAACGACCGGGGAACGCAUAAUUUAACGGAGAAACAUACACGAGGAGUGUAGAGAAAUUUUUUAAUUGAUUCUUAAAUGGAAGAACUAUUUAGCGAAUAUUACUGCAUGAACAGGCUUCAUGUUUAAAAGGUACUUGUUAUUCUUGUGAAACGAACGCUCUCGUUACCUGCGUCUUAUCGAAAUAAAUUAUCUAAGAAAACGGAAAUGGUUAUCGUAUUGUAAAUAAAUAUAUCAUACUCCACGUUUUCGCUUCCUCUUUGAAUGUAGGAUUACAUUAAUGUUCCUUCGGUUGCGCGGUCUUCUUCGAACUCCCUGUAUACAUUAACCGACGAGGAGAAAUCACCGAAUAAUAGAGACAAAUCCCGAAAGUAACGAAGUCUUUGGAGCUCAGCGUACUCAUGGAACUCGUUCGAUUCGGGAAUCAACGGGACCAGCGCGGGGCGGUGAUCGAUCGCGCCAAUCCUUGCGAUCAUUUUCAAUUUAAACGACACGAGGAACGAUCAGCGAUUCGCUCGUUGCACGUAGCCUCAGCUCAAGCGGAAUUGUGCCAAAACGGGAUCUCUAAGGUUCGAUGGUUAAGUUCCGGGAAAUGAUCGUUUCGAUCCGACUCCCAAGAAUAUUUAUGAUAUUUUCUGAAACUCUUGUGAUCUGAAUCAUUCCUAUAUUCUGUUUAAUCUUAUACAUCUCUACAGACGUUCUUUCUGUUAAUAUACAUUUGUCUUUUAGGAAUAAGGAGAAAUAUCCGGCGAAUAAGCUACGGGUGUAAUUUAAUCCUGGAAUCUUCUAUUUUAUAAAAACAAAAGCUGUGUUGUUGAUAUUGUAGAUUAAGAUUUUAGAUUGUAGUGGGAGAAGAAAUUAGUCGUUCCUCCUUGGAGUUGAAAACUGAAUGAUUAUGAGAAAGUAAAUUUAUCGAAAUCUGCUUCUUAACAGGUCCUCGUUUUAACUCAACGCUCGCGAACAGCUUUCACCAGAGAACUACAUUUCACGUAAGCCAUUGUUCCCGGUCGUUUCCGCAAAUCUUUGAACCCUCUUUGAACAGAGAAACGGUACACGAUGCUGUUUGGAAGGGAAUCCGAUCUGCUCGCAACUCGAGCCGAACAGAGUCAAGAUAUACAGGGGAACGUUUUCAAAUUCGAGACACCAACAUCCGGAAUCUAAUUGUCGAACCGUACGCUCCGCGCUGAUCCGACGGCUUCGUAUUUCAUUUCCGAGGCGGCGGACUCAAGAUACCCAAGCAGCCAUGUUCAUCUCGUAGCCACGUCAGCUCAUUUAACCGUUAAUCAAUUGAGAUCGAUGAGGACGAGAUAAACGAGCGCGGAGUUCGAGUGAAAGAGCGCGAAGAACACAAUGGGAGAGAGAGAGACAGAAAAAAAAGAGAGCACGAAAGAGAGAGAGACUGCGUGUGCGAGAGAAAGACAGUGUGUUAGAUUGAUAGAGACACCGUGAUCGGGAACAGGACAAAAGGAGGAAAAUAGGGAAAGGGGAGAGGCGAAAGAAAAUACGGAAGGGUAUUUAGAAAGAGAGUUAUCUUACUCGGCACCAAAAUAAAAAAGGGGAUCAACGUACGAACACCAAUUAGCUCUUAAUCGACGGUCUAUCGUCACUAUUAUUAUAUUGUUAACGCUAGACUAUUCUAAUUUUACUCUCGGAUUAUUAUAUUGUAUAAAAGUAUCGCAUAGUAUCCUUCCUGAGCAUUCGUCCUGCGGACACGAAAACUAUUCUGAUACGACGAGGUAAGUUCCUCCUCGCUAGACACGCGCCCAGGCGAUUUAAUCGAUCACCCGAUUCGAUUCUUAAUUAGGUGCGUACUUUAAAUAAGAAGUUACAUUAUAGAGUUCCUUCCUUUUGAAAAUAUUUUAUAUAAUCGGAAGCUGUUCUCUGCGAUUGUCCUUCUCGACGAGAAAUCAGAGGGUGCGCGAUGGUGGUUGACGAAAGUGUGAUACGUUUGUGUUUCAUAGAAUUACUGAUAGGACCAACUGUUUCUUUCUGCUUGACAUUUGAUUAACCUUCCAUCCUGCAGUGACGUCUCUGAGACGUAUACUUUCAAUGGCGAUAUUCAUGAAGAAUAUAAAGAAUGUAUUUAAAAUAUAAUAUUUCCUACUCACGAAAUACACUUCUUUUCAUUAUGAUUUUUCACAUUUUCUUUCCGCUAUUGGUACAUCAGCUUGUUACAAAAUGUGAGGCAACCAAGUUGGCUCACUAGUAUUCAAAAAGUGUAAUUAAUGUAUAUCGUAUAGAGAGAAUAUAACAAUUUCACAUAUAUUUAAAGAAUUAAAGGAAAAUUCCGAGCAAUCGAAUCGAGUGAAUCGAAAUGUUUCGAACGUAUUGGCGCGUCUCACUUCCCCGUGUGUCUCUUCAUCCUCUGUAAUUAUUGAUAUACUUUUAAGGAUCGUUAGAGAGGUUUAGCGGCGAAUAACUAAGCGCAUAUAAUAUUGUAACGUAUAAAAUAGUUAUAUCUGUAGAAUACCGGUAAUCAACUAACGAUACCGGAAAGGACGAAGAAGAAGAGGAGGAAGAAGAAGAAGGAAGAUGAUGAAGACAGACAAAGAAGAAGAGAAGAAGAAACGAUUUAGAAAUGCCUUCGAGUGUAAGAUACGUUGUUCUGAUUAUUUUUUAUAUGUAGAUCUAUUAAUCGUAAUGCCUUCGUAAUUCUCCUGGAAGUUUGCGGCGUUCAUUCUACGAACAAUCCCCCAUUGUAUUUAACAGCCCUAUUUAAUGAAAACGCCCGUUGGGAGUGAAUUGCUUCGCGCAAUGAACAUCGCGACGGUCUUACAAUUAGUGACAGAAG